AUGUUUAUUAGAAGAUUUGCAACCAGUGCUAUAUUAAAUGCUGCAACUAAAAGAUUAGGAGUGAAGGCAUCAUUCAGUGAACCUUCAAUAGUAUCCACUGUUAAUGCUAUCAAUUCAGCAAUAAACUUUGAACCACACAGCAAAUGGACAAAGGAACAAAUUAAGGAAAUCUACGAAACUCCACUCCUGGAAUUAACUUUUCAAGCUCAGCUUCAACAUAGAAGGUACCAUGACCCAUCUGAAGUGCAACUUUGCACUUUGCUUAAUAUUAAGACAGGUGGAUGCACUGAAGAUUGCAAAUACUGCUCCCAAUCUAGUCGUUACGACACGGGAACCAAAGCAGAAAAAUUAGUUAAGCUAGAGGAAGUGCAAAAAGCUGCAAUCAAAGCCAAAGAAAAUGGAAGCACUAGAUUUUGUAUGGGCGCUGCUUGGAGAGACAUGCAAGGAAGAAAAUCUGGCCUUAGGAAGAUUGCAGAGAUGGUGAAAUGGAUCAAUGAUGAGUUACAUAUGGAGACUUGUGUUACGUUAGGAAUGGUGAAUGAAGACCAAGCGCAGGUUCUCAAGGAUUCAGGUUUGACAGCUUACAACCAUAAUCUUGAUACCUCCAGAGAACAUUACCCGAACGUCAUCACCACAAGAAGCUACGAUGAUCGUCUCCAAACCAUUAAAAAUGUGCAAAAAGUGGGCAUAAAAGCAUGCACUGGAGGCAUUUUAGGUUUGGGCGAGACUCCGGACGACCAUAUAAGCUUCCUCCAUACUUUAGCCACAAUGGACAAACACCCGGAGUCCUUACCGAUUAACCGAUUAGUGCCCAUCAAAGGAACCCCGAUGGAGAAAGAAGUGUCGACCCUUCCGGCCGGUUCAGCCAGAAAACUAACUUUUGAGGCAAUUCUUAGAACUAUAGCCACCGCGCGUUUAGUUAUGCCCGAAUCCAUCAUUCGCCUUGCAGCUGGAAGGUAUACCAUGAAAGAACACGAACAGUUUCUUUGCUUCUCGGCUGGCUGCAACGCCAUCUUCACAGGCGAGCGUAUGCUCACAACCAUGUGCAGCGGAUGGGAAGAAGAUAUCGCCAUGCUCAAGAAAUGGGGCAUGAAACCAAUGAAGAGUUUCCGCAACCACGGCGCCGAGGCAGUUGAAUCAUUGCUACAUAAGGCUGCAGAAGAAGAGCCGGCCGCACCGGGAACUAACCUUAAGGCUUCGUCUGCGCCAAAGCCUGGUAGGGCUGGCUUGUAUAGUGCAUUUGCAUUGGCGUCGACUUCCUUGGGUGUGGCUGGGUACUACUAUGGCAGAAAGAAGGUUAUUGAUAACCCACCUGAGUUUUCGUUUCCUUGGUCUUCUACAACAAAGUUGGAGGAUAUAAAUUCUCCAGAUUAUUGUACGACUGAGGAGUUUAACGAUGCCAUUGCUGAACUCGCCGGGGCUAUUGGUAAGGAGAAUGUCAGUGAGUCAAGAGCUGAACUUGAAGGUUUCACCGACAAUGGGUUCAGUCCACGUCCACCAGAACCAGGCCAAGUUCCAAAGGCUAUUGUUUAUGCUCAUUCCACCGAGGAUGUCUCGAAGAUCUUGACAAUUGCCCAUAAAUAUAGUGUGCCAGUGGUUCCAUACUCUGGAGGUACUUCUCUUGAGGGCCACACUUUCUCCACCAGAUGUGGUAUUAUUUUGAACACCAGUCGAAUGAAUAAGGUGCUUAAAAUUAACUACGAUGACUUGGACGCUGUGGUGCAAGCUGGUGUGAAUUGGAUGGAACUCGAUAAGGAACUUGCGCAUGCUAGAAUGAUGUUUGGCUGUGACUGUGGUCCUACUGGUUUGAUUGGUGGAAUGGUGAAUACAAACGCUUCGGGAAUUAACGCUUCUCGUUAUGGUGCUAUGAGAGAUAAUGUGAUUUCUUUGACGGUGGUGCUUGCAGAUGGAACUGUCAUCAAAACGAGACAGAGACCACGGAAGACGUCGGCUGGUUACAAUUUGACAGGACUUUUUGUUGGAAGUGAAGGUACGCUAGGUAUUGUAACUGAAGCUGUUGUCAAGAUUCAAGUCAAGCCACAAGUUGAGACCGUAGCCGUGGGUCAAUUCCCUACUGUGGAAGCUGCAUCGCAGACUGUCGCUGAAUUGUUCAAAAGAGGUAUUCGUCCUGAAGCCAUUGAGCUUUUGGAUGAUGCCAUGAUGCAAUGCACAAACUUUAGUGGUGCUGUUUCCAGAAAAUGGCUUGAAGUGCCAACCAUUUUCUUCAAGCUCGGUGGACUCAACCAAGCGGUGGUUGAUGAAACGCUCAAGAUCGUUAAGGAAGUGGCCCACGACAACGAUUGUAAAGACUUUAUUAUUGCCAAAGACAAAGCUGAAGGAGACGAGUUAUUUGAGGCCAGAAAGAAUGCUUUGUUCUCGCUUUUAGACUACGGAAAAUCUGAGAUUCACGAGGAUGUGAAGCUCUGGAUCACCGAUAUUGCCGUCCCCAUUUCCAGGUUACCCAAAGUGUGUGACGAGAUUAGAGAACUCACGCAAAAGAGUGGCUUCCAUUCCGUCAUCCUUGGACACGUUGGAGACGGUAACUUGCAUGCUGAUCUUUUCUACUUGCCACACCAGGCUGAAGAGUGUCAUAAGGUCAUUGACGAGAUGACCUUGAUUGGACUCCGAAACGAAGGUACUGCUACUGGAGAGCACGGUAUCGGCAACGGUAAAAGACCAUUCCUUAAAAUUGAACUUGGCGAGGAAGCCGUCAACACCAUGCGUAAGUUGAAGCUUGCGCUAGACCCCAAAAGAAUCCUUAAUCCCGACAAGGUGUUCAAAAUCGACCCUAAAGACGACGGAGAGUUUUAG